GCAGAAUUCUGUGACUUGAACUUGGUGGCUCAUGCUAAUGGCAAUUUUUCUGUUGACAUGGAGGUUAUGCGCAACGGCAUCAAAGUAGUACGGAGUCUGAAGCCGGACUUUGUCCUGAUCCGCCAGCAUGCCUUCAGCAUGGCUCGUGGUGGAGACCAUCGUGGCAUUGUUAUUGGCUUGCAGUAUGCAGGCGUGCCCAGCGUCAACUCGGUGCAUUCUGUGUACAACUUCUGUGACAAACCUUGGGUGUUUGCCCAGAUGGUCCGCCUGAAUCGCAAGCUCGGUCCGGAAGAAUUCCCCCUCAUUGACCAGACAUUCUAUCCCAAUCAUAAGGAGAUGCUGACAUCCUCCAAAUACCCCGUGGUGGUAAAGAUGGGACAUGCUCAUUCUGGAAUGGGAAAG